CUCGCACACACUGUCCAUCGCUUUCUUAACCAUCCCAGAUUCCCAGUGAGCAGUGGUAACUUGCCGUGGUGUCCCUCCUCCUCGCCUUGAUCGUGCGUGUGUGUGGGCGUGGCCGCUAUAUAUCCGCGCGCACACUGGCCAUCGCUUUCUGGCUACACCUUUCUUAACCACACUGCCGCCGUCCCCGUCAGUCCGGCCAUCAACCAUGGCGAGGAGUUCCAUGGCCGUGGUGCUCGCCGUCCUGGCCGUGGCGGCGCUCCGGUCCGCGCCGGCCGCCGCGGAGCUCCCGCUGGUAGAGCACCCGGCCAAGAACGACGGGUCGCUCAGCCUGCUCGUCAUCGGGGACUGGGGCCGCAAGGGCACCUACAACCAAUCCAGGGUCGCGGAGCAGAUGGGGAAGGUCGGGGAGAAGCUGGACAUCGACUUCGUGGUCUCCACCGGCGACAACUUCUACGAGAACGGCCUGACAGGCGUCCAUGACCAGCAGUUUGAAGAAUCCUUCACCAAUAUCUACACCGCCAAGAGCUUGCAGAAGCCGUGGUACCUCGUUCUUGGAAACCAUGACUACCGGGGCGAUGCGGUAGCACAGCUUGACCCAGUCCUGCGCAAGCUCGAUGAGCGAUUCGUUUGCAUGAGAUCAUUUGUUGUCAAUGCAGAGAUGGUGGAGUUCUUCUUCAUCGACACCACUCCAUUCCAACUCAAGUACUGGACUCACCCUAAAGACAGUCACUACGACUGGAGAGGAGUGGCGCCUCGAGAAAACUACAUAGCUAAUCUGCUGAAGGAUUUGGACGAGGCAAUGAAGAAAUCAACUGCAAAAUGGAAGAUUGCUGUUGGGCAUCAUACCAUGAGGAGUGUCAGUGACCAUGGGGACACCGAGGAGCUCCUGCAAUUGCUUCUUCCAGUCCUCGAGGUUAACGGCAUCGACUUCUACAUCAAUGGGCAUGACCACUGCUUGGAACACAUUAGCAGCAGAGACAGUCCAAUCCAAUACUUCACUAGCGGAGGCGGUUCAAAAGCAUGGAGGGGAGUCUACCAGCCAAAUGAUGAUAAGCUCCAAUUCUUUUAUGAUGGGCAAGGGUUCAUGUCCCUCCAGCUAAACCAGGACCAAGCUGACUUCAUCUUUUAUGAUGUUUCUGGGAAAGUCUUGUACAAGUGGAGCUCGCGCAAAACAAACUACUUCCAGCCCUCCAUCUAUGUCACUGCAGAAUGAGGGAGAUGCAGAUCAUGGCAGGAGAAUUAGUUUGGUAGUGCUAUUUGUGAAAAAAAUUGAAUGUGCCACUGUGGUAACAGUGGUAAAGGUAAUAGAUUGGUAUUUAGUAUGGUGUGUGGUUCAGCGCUGAAGAAAUAUUGAACUGGUUGUGAAUUGUCUGCAAUAAAGGAGCAGAGAUGCUCAGCAUGGUGUCCA